AUGGUCCCCGCCAGCACUCUGUCAACUACGAAGAAACGGGCUUCGCCGAAACAGUCAAGCAUAGUUCGAGAGUCCUUCCGAGAACCACCAUUAUCGUCAUACAAACUUUCCCGGCAAAAGUCGACUCCAUUGCGAUCAGACAGUUUCCAUUCACCUGGACCUUAUGACAUUGAAUCGAUUGAUUUGACAGGCGAGCUUGAUCUGUCUAGACUAUCCUCGGAUACUAUUCCGGCUGUUGAGCCGCGCGGGUCAUGGGCAGAAGAAAGCACCCCAUGCGGAACUCGUGAGAAACGCGGCAAGAAGCGCAAAAGUGACGAGUAUACAUCGGACCUUCUUUCCCCAUCGAAACAUGCGGCAAAAGUGCGAACUCCCUCGAAAGCGGCUCUACCUUCCGCCCCUAGAAGCAUUGCAUCGGAACAGCCCAUAAUCCAACGCCAGACAACCCAAACAACUCAAAGAAAUCCCCCAAGCGCCGCGAAACGACCUGAAUAUCAUUCACCUGUUGCCCCACGGAGCCAUCGGAAACGAGUGAUUGCGGAUUCAGAUGAUGAUGACGAUCUCUUUGACGAUUGGGCUGACAAUGAAGAUCCCGCCGAUAAGAUGAUCCUGGAUGCCGAGGAGAGCUUGUACCCAAUACUCCCUGAGAUGAGCCCGGCGGCGGAUGAAAAAAAGAUCGAGACCAAGCCUUCGCGAUUGGAAUCUACGCCCAAAGCACCGCUUCCAACUGUGCAACCAUCGACUCAGUCAAAAAAAAGGGCAGUUGCCAAAGACCCUAUCCCGUCGACCCCUUGGUCGAAGCCGUCCAACUCACAGGAAAAGGAUCCCGAUCUUCUGAAGUUUUUGACCCUUGGAAAUAAUGCCUUCGGGCAUGCAAUUUCAAAAUUGAGGUCUACUCUGCAGAAGAAUUCUGAGAUUGUCUAUCAACAAGCCAUGGAGGGCCAGCCAGUUCCAGAAUUGAUCGCCGAGAACAAGACCCUUGUCGCUCAGAUCGAGGCAAUUGAAAUGUUGCAAAAACAUCGAAACACGCACAGGGGCAGUGUUUCUCGCAAACAAGACCUGAAGCAAAACCUGAUACGUGUGAUCUCACAAGGUCUAGACCCAACAACCAUGCCAGAAGAGCUGGCACAGAGUCGGGCAGUUGAGGCCGAGUUGGAACAAACAGAAACAGAGAUAUGUCAGCUUCUAUCUAAAGUCAACAUCCUCGAGCUGGCACACGAUUGUCCGUCCGACCCUCCUGCCAUGAUAAAUACUCAGCCCACCUUCGAAGCCCACGCAGUCACACGGGAGUCCCCUCUCUUCUCUUCUUCGCAUGCCGACUUAAACGCAAAAUCCCGUGGCCAACAGCGUUUACCUCCUACAAGCCCCAGAAAAACUAAAGAGACGCCCCGGCCGGAUAGCUAUGAUAACUCUUUUGCUCGGAAUAUGGGCUCCCCGCCGCUGGAUUCGAUGGAUCUUGAUGAGUUCGACUGGAAUGUCAGCGAUGAUGAGAUAUUAGAGGCGGCAGAGGGCUUCGAAGGUGCCCAUCAAAUACCCGCUCGCGAGCAAGCCAGUCAAAACCGCAAGGUUUUCGCAGAGACAUCUGGCAACAUCCCCAAGGCCCCCGUCCCGAAGAAGUCACCCGGUCAUAGCGCCUUCUGGUCAAACCAUCCAUGGUCUCAAGAAGUAAGGAAAGUGUUGAAAGAUCGAUUCCACCUCCGCGGGUUCCGACCCAAUCAGCUUGAGGCAAUUGAUGCAACACUUGCUGGCAAGGAUACUUUCAUUCUCAUGCCUACUGGAGGAGGAAAGUCGCUAUGCUAUCAAUUACCUUCUGUGGUAACGGGUGGACGCACCACGGGAGUGACGAUCGUUAUAUCUCCAUUGCUAAGUCUAAUGGAGGAUCAGGUAUCACACCUGCAAAAAUUGAAGGUUAAGGCCUUCAUGAUUAAUGGUGACACCGACCCAGAGGAAAAAUCUUGGAUCAUGAGCCAGCUAUCAAAUGCAGGUGGCGAGGGAAUGGAGGUCCUGUACAUCACUCCUGAGAUGCUCAGUAAAAGCCAAGCCUUGAUCAGAGCCCUUGAGAAGCUUCAUGGAAGAAACAGACUAGCACGCCUCGUCAUCGACGAGGCCCACUGCGUUAGUCAAUGGGGACACGACUUCCGACCUGACUACAAAGAGUUAGGAGAGGUUCGAUCUAGGUUCCCUGGUGUACCGGUCAUGGCCUUGACAGCCACCGCCACUGAGAAUGUGAAAGUUGAUGUGAUGCACAAUCUCAAAAUCACUGAUUGUGAAGUGUUCUUGCAGAGUUUCAACCGUCCUAAUCUCACCUACGAGGUACGGUCGAAGGGAAAGAAUGAUGAAGUUUUGGCCAGCAUGGCGGAAACCAUUACAAGCUCAUACCGGAAUCAGUGCGGAAUCAUCUACUGCCUCUCGCGAAAGACGUGCGACAAGACUGCAGAGGAUCUACGGACAAAGUACCGCCUCAAGGCACAGGCUUAUCAUGCGGGUAUGUCAGCAACGGCAAAAUCGGAAGCUCAGAGGAACUGGCAGAUGGGCCGAGUACAUAUCAUUGUUGCCACUAUUGCAUUCGGAAUGGGCAUUGACAAAGCCGAUGUACGAUUUGUCAUGCACCAUAGUAUCCCAAAGAGCCUCGAGGGGUAUUAUCAAGAAACCGGUCGUGCCGGUCGAGACGGCAAGCGGUCUGGCUGCUAUCUUUACUUCGGCUACAAAGACACAGCAACCUUGAAGCGGAUGAUUGAUGCAGGAGAUGGCAAUGGUCAGCAAAAAGGUCGUCAAAAACAGAUGUUGCGAAAUGUGGUUCAAUUUUGUGAGAACCGCAGCGAUUGCAGACGAGUGCAAGUACUCGCCUAUUUUGCGGAAUACUUCCGCCGAGAGGACUGCAACAACACUUGUGAUAACUGCAAGUCCGGACUGGUGUUUGAGCUCCAUGACUUUACUGAAGAGGCAUCCUGGGCCAUCAAGAUUGUGCGACAAUUCCAGAACACAAAGGAGAAAGUGACUGUGCUUUACUGCUGUGACAUACUUCGUGGAGACUGCAAACGGCCUAAAGCUCCAGAGCAUCGCAAGAUGCCGGGGUAUGGGAAGGGAUCUAACCUCGACCGUGGAGCAGCCGAACGUCUGUUCUACCGGCUGCUGGGUGAAGACGCAUUGGCCGAAGACAACGUGAUCAAUAAAAGCGAUUUUGCUGUUCAGUACCUCAUUCUCGGCCGUCGUGCGGCAGAAUAUGAGAGUGGCCAGAGGCAAAUGAAACUACAGGUUCGCGCCUCGCCGAAUAGCAAGGCUAAAGCCAAGAGCAAGCCCUCAGGCGCCGUGCAGAAGAAAAAGUCUGGCAAUUCAGGCGGUGAUCCCCAGUCCACCAUGGUCUCUUCUCCAGUGCAAGCUGCCCAAGACCGCCGCCUUGACCGUUAUCAAUAUCCCGGUGCUCCAGCCGCACGUACCUCAGUCGAUGAGGAUAGUGAUGGCUUUGAGCCCAUUCGAACCACCGGCAAGUCUCGCCGUAUAAACACACACGAGAUGGGCCCUCCAAUCACCAGCGAUCAGAAGUUGGAUCGACUUGAUCAUAUGCAUCGUGUAGUUGUGGAGGACUUCCAAGAGCAUGCCAAAAUCAUGCUUCAAGACCUUGUCGUUAAGAAGGGCCUUCGGUGCCAACCGUUCUCUGAUCAGGUGCUACGUGAUAUGGGCAUAUCCUUCCCCACAAAUCUUACUGAGCUUUCCGCUAUCCCGGACAUCGACCAGGAUAAGGUGAAGCGCUACGGCCGGCAGAUCCUGGGACUGGUUGAUAAUGCAAAGCGGCGCUACCUCGAAAUGACGCAGGAAGCAGAGACCAGCGGCAUUGUCCCGGAUCCCAACCAUCAUAAUGUCAUAAAUCUCAGCAGCAGUGAUGAGUAUAGUGACGACGACUUGUUCAUGGAUGAGGCUUCCACGUUCAAUCUGGACAAUCCUAUUUCGACUGCACCCAGCAAUGCAGCUGAAGAUAUCACAAGCCGCUACUUCCCUCCGGCAGCAUCUCCGGGGUAUGACUCUGGUGACGAUUGGGAAUCCGGCACUGCCCCUUCAGGCUCCAAGGGUCGGAAGCGGCAGCCUUCCAGUGGGAAACGACCAUCACGUCGAAAGUAUGGCUCCACUGGGAGCUGGAAGGGGAAAGGCACACGGACAAAAGCUAAAACCGGCGAUCGUCCGACAAGUCAGUCAUCUGCGCCGCGGAAGAACGCGCGGGCCAAAACCCCUAAGUCAACGAUCGGAAUGAUGCCCCUCUGA